AUGUACCAAGGCAAGGGCGCCAGCGGCUCGUUCAAGCUGGCUGCGGGCGCCGCCGCGGGCGAGAAGAAAAAGGCGGGAGGUGUCAAGAAGACCCCCAAGAAGGCCGCCAAGAGCCGCGAGCGCCAAGAAGACUCCCAAGAAGUCUCCCAAGAAAGUGGCGGCCAAGAAGGCCAAGCCAGCAAAGAAGCCCAAGCCGAGAAGAAGGCGUCGCUGCCCAAGAAACCCAAGAAGCCAGCGGCCAAGAAGGCGGCCACCCCAAGAAGGCAGCCAAGCAGUAAAACGUGCAACUUAGAGGGGCACCACGCGGUCGCGUGUGAGACGCCGAAGUGCGUACGCUGCGAGCAGUUCGGUCACGAGAGCUGCGACGCGGCGUGCGUACGAUGUGGCGGAGACCACGCGGUCUCGUCGUGCCCUGUCCGCACCUACUCGUCAGUGGCCUCGGGCUCUGAGCCGCAGCCUUCUGCGUCAGAGCCGGCGGCCACUUCGGUGUUAGGUAGCCCCACAGUUGCGACGGAAAACGGAGACAGCCAGAGCCCCUUGAGCGAGGGAGACAGUGCCGGAGUCGAUGCAGAUUCCGCGGCCGCCGAUGCGCUUCCUUCCCUGUCUGCCGCGGCGACGAGCGGAGGGGGAAGUGGCGAGGAGGCGGUCGCGGCUCCCGUAGUUGCCCCCGCGGCAGCAGCGGUGCCCGCCGAUGGCGGCCGAACUCUCUGGUGA